GUGGAAUUGAAGAUGAAAUUCUUACUUGCACAAGGAUACCAAAGAGUUGAGCAGGAACAAAGCUCUGAAAAGUCAAGUCGGACCUCAUUGGAAGGAUUUGAUACUUCAGGUUCGCCUAUUGCAUCGCGUCGGAUGAUCUGGUAUCGCUGGCUACCAUGGGUACUUGUAGCAAUUCUGACAAUCACCAACUGUUAUGCGUGGAUGGCAACUAGAUCAACGCAUUUUCCUGAAUCUAUCUUCUCACCAGCUACAUCAGCGAUCAAAUACAAAACUGUCAUCUUCCAGGCUGGCAUUGAUAGUGAUACAAGCCCAUAUCAAGGCAAACCUUCCCAAGAAAUUGAUCACGAAUGGGAAGAGCUCCACAAAUAUGGAGUAAGCAGGAUCCCAAUGAGCGACGCGGCCCAGCUCGCCAACCGGACUUCACCCAUUCCUGGGGACGAAGGUCACUACGUUGUGAUUCUCGAAGUGUUUCAUCAACUUCACUGCCUGCAACACGUUCGCAGGCGACUAUUCUGGAACGAAACCGAACAGGGUUCCCCAGACGAGGUUGAAGCUCUUUCUAUGAAGCACCUGGAUCACUGUAUUGACUCAAUUCGCCAGAGUCUCAUGUGCUCCGCUGACGUGACCCCACUUCCAUAUGUGUGGUGGCGCAAAUAUGACCAGCUUAUGCCGGCAACCGCUGUCGCACACACAUGUCGUGACUUCGAAGCCAUCAGAGACUGGGCAAAGGAACAUCGUGCUGGCAAGGUUGAUAAACAUACGCAAGUUUAUGAUCCUCUAGGUGAUCAGGUAGUUUAUGAUGUAUAG